AGUGCGGUCAGUCUCAGCUUCUCUCGGUGAGAGCCCGAAGGUGCUGAAAUCCCACUUAUAAGGUGGGGCGCCGGUGGUAAACUACCUCCUGAAAUCUAAUGAAGCCCAUUUAAAAGCGAUGCGUUUGGUUUUUAGGUCUUCCUUGAUGGCAUGAGUCUUGUGCGCUCUUGGAUAAUCGUAUCCACUACUCUGAAGCAGAGAAUCCUCGCCGCACACCACCGGAUCAUUUCAGCUGGAUGUGAAGAAGAAGAAGGAGAAGAGGAAAACACUGAGUAGAAGAAUACGGACGGGCAUUGUUCAGUUGAAUGAUCUCAUCGGCGCGCUUCUUCUAGACGUUGGUGACUAAAAUGUGUUAAAAAAGUACUUUUAUAAUGUCGCAGUGACUGCGCGUUGAAUCAUCCACAACUCCACAUUCAAUCAGGAUUUUAUGGAGACCAAUUCCGUCAAGUCACGGACCACCGCGCUUCCACAAUAAGGACUCAACUGCAGUGCAAGGAGAAUGAGGAGUCACCGGGGAAGGUGGAAGCAGCAUGAGUGGCCUCUGUAUCACUGUUAGACUGACGGCCCUCAUGUUUCUAUGGAAGUGGUUAACAUUAAGCCUGCUAUUGAGCUUGUUGUUGGCAUGGGCCAAGGCUGCCGAGCCUGCUGUGGCUGGCUUGACUGGCUCUACAAGGACCCUGGGCUGGCUACUGACAGGCAAGGGCCCCUUUCACCACUCACAGGACUUUAUUGAUUUUACAGAGCGCUACCAGCAAGGAUUCACCACCAAGUAUAAGAUAUAUAGGGAGUUUGGACGAUGGAAGGUGAACAGCCUGGCCCUGGAAAGGCAAGUGAACAAUGGCUUUCCUUUUCCACUGGACCCAGAGUUCCUCCAGACCAUUAGGCAGCUUGGAAGAAGGCCCAGUCUCAGUGCCAUCACUGACAACAUUAUUAGGAAAUACGGAACCCACUUCCUCCUCUCUGCGACCCUGGGAGGGGAAGAGUCUUUAAUGAUCUUCGUGGACAAGCGGAAGUUGAGUCGGUCAUCUGAAUUGAGUGACACCAAUGGCACAGCAGUGCCUCUGGAGGCUCUCCACCAGCUUGCUGCCUCCUACUUCAUUGACAGGGAGAGCACCCUGCACAAGCUGCACCACAUCCAGAUUGCCUCCACGGCCAUCAAGGUGACUGAAACAAGGACAGGCCCUCUUGGAUGCAGUAACUAUGACAACCUCGAUUCUGUCAGCUCCGUUUUGGUUCAGAGCCCUGAAAACAAGAUUCAUUUGCAAGGGCUCUAUGCCAUACUGCCAGAAUACCUGAGGGCCAGGUUUGUGCAGGCAGCUCUCAACUACAUUGGCUGUAAUGAGGAGGGCCAAUUCGUGUGCCGAGACAGUGACUGCUGGUGUCAGUGUGCUGCGGACUACCCACAGUGUAAUUGCCCCAAGUUGGAUUUGAAGUCUUUGGAAGCCAGUUUGCUGCAAAUUCGAGAAUCUUGGAACAUAGCCAACCAAGACUUUGAGGAGUCAGAGGAGUUCCAGAACUUUGUUCAAAGGCUUCCCACGCUGUAUGCUUUGAACACAUCAGCCAUCGAGUACUUCUGGAAAAUGGAACCAGCUAUUAAUCAACGCUACAAACAGCUGGAGCUCAGCACCCAGCAGUUUUUGAGCAAAUCUGGACGCAUCAUCAACAAGCUCUUCACCCUCAGCAAGAGGUGUCGCACCAAGCCCAAAAUCAUUAGGCUGACGGAGAGACCUUUCAGCUACUGGCUGAACUACAUCCUCUCCAUUAUGUACUGCAGUGAAAACAACCACAUUGGCUCAUACUUGGAGGCGACCCGAAGUUGUUCCUGUCCGUACGAGCAUCCCCCCUGCCAGGGUGUGAUACCCUGCACAGUGGGUGCAGGCACCUUCUGUGCAUCCUGUUCCUAUGAGAACCGCUCCCGCUGUGCCUCAUGCAAUCAGGGUUACAUGCUUAGCCAGGGCGUAUGUCGGAACGAAGUUCCAGACUCCAUUGACCAUUACAUCGGCUUUGAGACAGACCUACAGGACUUGGAAUUACGAUAUCUUCUGCAAAAAUGUGAUAACCGGAUCAAUAUCCACGGCAUCUUCGUCAGCAAUGAUGUCAGGCUAAAUAACUGGUUUGACCCAUCAUGGAGAAAACGGAUGCUGCUGACUCUGAAAAGUAACAAAUACAAGUCAAACCAUGUCCACAUGCUACUGGGGAUUUCUGUUCAAAUUUGCCUUACCAAGAACAUCACAUUGGACCCAAUGUUGUCUAUCUAUAUCAAUCCAUUUGGGGGAAGUCACUCAGAAAGUUGGAUCAUGCCCACAGACCAGAACAACUACCCAGACUGGCAGAGGACUAAAUUAGACCUUCCCCAUGAUUGUUAUAACUGGACUUUGACUUUAGGCAACAAGUGGAAAACCUUUUUUGAGACAGUUCACUUUUAUUUGCGGAGUCGCAUCAGGGGCCCUUCGGGUACUGGAAAUGGAACAGUAUAUUAUGAACCUUUGGAGUACUUAGAACCUGGGCAAAAUCUUGGCCACAUGAAGAUAAACAACAUACAGGUGUAUGGUUACAGUAUGCACUUUGACCCUGAAGCAAUCCAGGAUUUAAUUUUACAACUGGACUACCCAUACACUCAAGGAUCACAAGACUCAGCCCUGCUGCAGCUGUUGGAGAUCCGGGAUCGGGUAAACAGGCUUUCCCCACCCGGAGCUCAGCCUUUGGAUCUUUUCUCUUGUUUGUUACGACAUCGGCUCAAACUCUCAACAACGGACGUUGCCAGGAUCCAGGCUGCACUGCAGAAUUUCAGUGCCAAGCAACCCAAGUCGAUGGAAUAUGAAACAACCAAAUUAUGUAGCUAAUAAGUGGGCAGGAAGCCAGGUGCCCAGAUGGCAGAAAUGUUGUCACACGCACUCCUGAUGAUGGUUUAAGCGCAAUUCUGGAUCCGUGCAGAGGAUGUUUGAGGGACGUUAACAAUGUCAUUAUGCAUCUCAAUAGUGCACUUGAGAUGUCAGCCUUCAUAAAAAUGUGUUAUUUUCAUUUACUUUUUCAGAAAAAUCUAAAAGCUGACUGAUAUUUGAAGCUUACAAUAUUAUCUAACUUUGUCAUCACUGAUAAGUUGGCCACAUGUAAAGGGCACAAACUGCAAAACUCAUAAAGAAACCAUGAGUUACAUGAGUAUUAAACAAUGUAGUGAUCUCACAUACAAUAUACAGUAUAUAAACGUUUCAACACCAGCUUCCUUUUUUCGAGUUCAUUUCAUUAUUGGAUCAUAUUUUGAUGUUCGGACAAUUCAUAUCUUGACCUUUUAUUUUAACUUAGAAUUCGAUUGUCAGAUCAUUGUUUUCAGAUUUUCCUGUCGUAAUAGAAGAAUACAUUGAAAACUAUUUCAUGUUUUGUAUGAACAGAACACAUUCAUGAAGAAAUAAAUGUAUUCCACCAGAUUUACUCAGACAAAAAUACACUAUGAUCACAAAAUUUUACAUGUGUGUUUAUUUUUAUAAUGUUUACUGUUUGUGGAAAAAAAAAUACAGCCUAUAAAAAUGUAUGAUAAAAUUUGUUAAUACACUAAAUAAAAAUCUUUUUACGUGUGGUCUGUAGAUAGUGUACAUGUGUGGGAUACUAAUGGCCUUUCGGAAUACACUCCUGAUCUCAAUUUUAAGACCAGUUGAAAAAUUGCAAGAAUUUACAUUUUGCACUGUUGGAUCUUAAGGAGUUUGUAAGUGGAACUUCAAAAUGCAAAAAGAAGAAAUGUGAGUCAGACAAAAAAAAAUUUGAGAAAGCAAUUUAUUGGUAUUCAUCACCUGAUAAAUGAAACCCCCUUACAAUAGAAAUACAAAUUUCCAAAAAAGAAAUCAGUAAUGAGUAGCUGUGUCAGUCUUUUGAAUCCAUCCAUCCAUUUUCUAUGCUGCUUAAUCCUCAUCUGGGUCGCAAGGGUAUGCUCGAGCCUAUCCCAGCUGACUUUGGGCGAGAGGCAGGGUACAUCCUGGACUGGUAGCAAAUUGCAGGGCACAUAUAGACAAACGACCAUUCACACUUACAUUCAUACCUAUGGAUAAUUUAGAGUCUCCAAUUAAUAUCUCUAACAUGCAUAUUUUUGGAAUGUGGGAGGAAGCCGCAGUACCCGGAGAAAACCCACGCAUGGAUAGAAAACGCCGACUCCACAGAGAUUCCCAAACAGAGAUUUGAACCCAGGUAUCCCCCAUCUCCUGACUGUGUGGCCAACAUGCUAACUAACCAAUAGGCCUGCGGCCCUACUCUUUUUAAUCACCUCAAAAAUUUGUUUCGGCCCAUUUCCAGGAGGCUAAUGGGAAUGUUGCUCCAGGUGGGCUUCCACCCCCAAAUGUUCUCAAUUGGAUUUAGAUCAGGGGAACACGCAGGAUGGUCCAAAAGAGUGAGGUUAUUCCUCUCGAAGAAGUCUUUUGUCAGGUGGGUAUUGUAAACUGCAGCGUUGUCCUGUUGAAAAAGCCAGUCAUUACCACACAGACGAGGGCCUUCAGUCAUGAGGGAUGCCCCCUGCAACAUCUCCACAUAACCGGCAGAUGUUUGACGCCGCUGCACAACCUGAAGCUUCAUUAUUCCAUUCAAGGAAAAAACACUCCAGGCCAUGAUGGCGCCCCCUCCAAUGUGCCGUGUGGAAAACAUCUCAGGUGGGAUCUCCUUGUCAUGCCAGUAACGUUGGAAGCCAUCAGGACCGUCAAGGUUACAUUUUUUUUCAUCAGAGAAUAAAACUUCCUUCCACCUUUCAAUGUCCCAUGUUUGGCGCUCUCGUGCAAAUUCAGGGAAUUUUCUGGCAUUGAAAGAGACGAGGCCUUUGAAGAAGUUUUUCUUCUUAAAACCCUUCUCUCGCAGACGGCGCCUAAUUGUUACUGGACUGCACUUUGCACCAGUAACAGCCUUCAUUUAGGCCGAGGAUUGUUCCGUGUCUUGAAGGACAGCUAAUCGGAUCCUCCAGCUCAGGUCCGGUGACAUUUUUGUGUCUACCGCUUGACUUUUUUGUUGCAUAAUCAUCAUGAUCUUUUAAAAAGUUUAAAAUGGCUGUCUUCUUGCUCACAAAUUCAACAGCAAUGACGAGCUGCAAGAGGCCUUAUGGAAAAUGAAAAUGAAACCACAUUUUUGCCAUUUUUUAAAGGCUGUGGUCUUAAACUUUUGAAACAAUAAUUUGUUUACUUCAAUAAACAUUUGUCUCACUCCAAUUUCCUUUUUUUUAGCAUUUUGAAGCUCUGCUUAGAGCCUCCUUAAGAUCCAACGGUGCAAAAUGUAAAUUCUUGACAUUUUUUAACUGGUCUUAAAAUUUUAAUCAGGAGUGUAUAAAUUCACCAUACAUACUGUAGCAUAUUUUAGUUUAUGUGACACGUUAUCCGAACCUGCAGAGAGCUUUACAAGGACAUUUUCUUCUAUGUAUAUUUUGAAAUUGUUAGUCGUAGAUGAAAGGGCAAUUCGGGUGGAGUGGACACAAAAACCUGACAGAAAUAUCAUGAUUUUAUUGAGUGGCUCAGAUAUUAACUGUAAUUGCAUCUUGUAAAAUUAUUUGAUGUGGAAGUCAUUAUUGAUGUGCUGUUUGCAAAAUACGUACACAAUUUCUAGGGAUGUCCGAUAUUGGCUUGUUUGCUGAUAACCGUUAUGCCGAUAUUGUCAAACUCUCAAUUUCCGAUUCUUAUAUCAACCGAUACUGAUAUGUUUAACAUCACAUAUCUCCUAUUGUCUAAGAACUGGACCGGACAGGACUGGACUCAUUAUAUAUUAUUAUAUAUUAUGAUUAUUUAUUAUGUAUUAUUGCACUACAAAUUUGACAUGAUCUGUUCCUUAUUUAUUUAUUUAUUCAUUCUUAUUCUAUUUCUUAUUCUAUUUUUCUUAUUGCUCAUGUCUUGCCCUGGUUGUUUUGUUUUGUGAUUAAGUUCAUUAUCACAUUUUUACAGAGCUGCUGGAAAUGUGAUUUUCUCUUUAAUAUGAAUAAAGUAUCCUAUCCAUUUAUCUAUCUAUCUAUCUAUCUAUCCAUCCAUCUAUCUAUAUAUCUAUCUAUCUAUCCAUCCAUCUAUCUAUCUGGACACAUAUCUGUUGGGAAGCUAAUGGAUACAGCAUCAGCAAGUAGCUUCGUGACAUGGCUGUAAACGACACUGUACAACUCGCGUAUGCAAACAUCUGAGAAAUACUUGCGAUUGAGCAUGGCAAUGUGUGGUCAAGAGGUCUCGCCUGCCGCGUCUGCCUACCACUAUUUCCUCGUUUUUUUACAUUCCCACUACCCUCCUCACCAUUAACGGUGUUUUGACAACCCAUCAUGUCCUGCCACCCUGAACACGGUUCAACAAAGCACUGGCUCAAGUAUAGGUAUGUGCUGCAUGUGCACUUUAUGUCAAGCGGACCCCCUGCUGCAGCAGCUGCAGGCAAACGGGGAUCAAAAUCUAUAAACUCCUACACUUUGCAUAGAAACGCCUCCAAAUGUUGCUCAUAUUGAAGUCACAGAUGUCCGCCAUUCUCCUGGUGUAAAGUGUUAACUACACGAGGCAGCAGUGUUUUGCGACUUUGGCGCGAAAAGGGCUACAUCGGCUUUCAUGAUAGGGAAACCGAUACCGAUAUUGACCGAUAUUACAUUUUUAUUCCAAUAUCGGGCUGAUAAUAUCGGUGGGCCGAUAUUAUCGGACAUCCCUAACCAUUUCUGCUACACCAAUAUUGACGAUUGACUUUGGAUUGUUACCUUUCAUGUCCGCUGCCAUCACGCCGUCUGUUUUGCUUUUAAAGCAAAGCAAGAAGCUAGGCUAUAGUUAUGUGGCCAAUUUAAGUUAAUUAUGUAUUGAUAUAUAAAAAUCAUGUGAUGUCCAAUCAUCAUGAUUGUUGAUCACUGACAUGACUGUUUUGUAAGUGCAAGGUUUUAUUUUUUUACUAUUUUUCAUGAACUUUACAUUGUACAGUUACCUUAUUACAUGUUGUUAAUGAUGUGACUGAAAACUGCAAAAAAAAGCAAGUUUUGAGUGUACCUCAACUUUAAAUUUAAAUCCAGCAGGUUCGGAGACCGUGUCAAAUAAAUGUACUAUAUAUGCAUCUGU